GUGGUCUUCUUGCCGGCUUUCCAAACGCAGCCGGUGGCCGCUCGGCUCCUGCUACCGUGUUAGUGGUCGCAGAUUCCGGGUCGUGGUGGAACUUUUUCUUACUGUUUAGAGACCUAUUGCUGUUUCUCUCCUUUUCUCCUUCUGGCUUUCAUUCACUUCUUCUUCUUCUUCUUCUUCCGACGACGAAGACCAGACAAACAAGGAUCUCUUGCAAGCAAGCCCUCCAUUCCCUUCGCCGCUGGGUCGAGCUUUGCUUUUUGUUUUUUUGUUUUUUUAAAAAUCCUGCUCUUUUUCCCAAGCCGCGAGCGAGCUAAGCCAAGUAGUCCAUUUCGGUUCCUCGGCGCCACCGAAGCUUUACCGUUGGUGGGGAGACUAAAAGGCAAGGGCGGCUUUGAAUGGGGUCUCGCGGCUGUUUUGCGCCGGCUGCAUCCUGAGCAUUCCCUCCGAACGCGCUCCAGCCUUCAAGAAUUCACCACCAGGUCAAGAUUUCUGUCAUUCAUCUAUACCAGUGGUGGCGAAUCUUUUAUUCACCGAGUGCCAAACAGGCUUUGGAUGUGCAGGAAAAUUUGGGUGCAGAAAUGCUCGGAUAUAUUUACAAAUGGGAAUCUGCAUUUGUGGCAGAAGGUACCUGCUGCUAAGAUUGCUGACCUGCAAUAAAAACCUGGAAAAACUACCAAGGAUGAGCUCCUGUGCCAAAUCAAUGCUUCCAUCUCAGUGGCUGUUCCUGGCAUAUGUGUUAAUGGUGUGCUGUAAAUUGUUGUCCGCAAGUAGCCAUCCUCCUCGGGGACCGGCAGGCCUCAACCAAGUUAAGCAAGGAACCUGCGAGGUGGUUGCAGUGCAUCGGUGUUGCAACAAGAACAGGAUUGAAGAGCGGUCACAGACAGUCAAAUGCUCUUGCUUCCCAGGCCAGGUUGCAGGCACAACACACGCGCGGCCAUCUUGUGUCGAAGCUGCCAUUGUUAUCCAGAAGUGGUGGUGUCAUAUGGAACCUUGUCUGGAAGGAGAGGAAUGUAAAGUGCUUCCAGAUUACUCAGGUUGGUCAUGCAGCAGUGGAAACAAAAUUAAAACAACCAAGGUGACACGGUAGCACAAAGUAAACAUGUGUCAAAGUUGGAAUAAUGGGGGGUUUACAACCAAAUUUCCCGACUGCUGCACAGAGACAUUUACUUGGCAAGGAAAGUGUCAAGUUUGUACUGUCAACUUUUCAAGUUAGCUGGCAAGAACUGGAACUGCCGUCUUUUUAAUGAUGACAGCACUCUUCAAAACACAAAUUUCUUAUAAAGAACUGUAAAACAGGAACUGUAAGUCCAACCCUUUCAUGUUCAGGAUGAACAAUUGUUAAAAAGGGAAGCCAAAACAUCUAGUGGAGUGUAUCAUCUAGGAUCUGAUUUAUGAUAUUUAAAUACUCAAACUGGUUUCGCAUAACUUGUGGGAAUAAUUAGAUGAAGAAGCAGAAAUAAUUCAGAUGAAUAUGGUAGGAAAGGCAAUUGAAUUAAUGUUUAAAUAUUCACAUCAAUAUAUUUUUAUGUAGGAUUUAACAAGAAUUAAACGAGCUCAUGAAGUAAAACAUUAUGCUCAGUAAAUUGUAGCUUAUGCCAAUCUUUAUAUUCUGUUAACAGUCUGUACAACUUUGUUUCUUUCCAUCUGUACAGUGUUAAAGAGAGUAGAGAGAAUACUUGUUCUACAAGUAGAUAACGUUUACAGCAUCAGACAUGUCCACUCAUUUAUAAAAUAGAAUUGUAAGUACCGUUCUGUUUCACUGCAGCCAGAAACAGAAAGAAAAUGCAAGCAUUGAUUAGAAAUUUCACCCAACUCAAGGAAUAUUGAGGUCUCAGUUCUCACUUUGCUAGUUCCAUAUACAUGUGGAAAUUAAUAAGCUAAGCCACUUAUUUAAAGUCCACAGGCAGUCAAUACAUUUUUAAGUUAAUAAAUGAAAUAAAAUGUAUACAUUGCUGGCAUUUUCAAUUGAUGAUGGUCAUGGACAGAUACACCAUAGACUUCUGGAGUUUAGAAAUCAAACAAAAUGAAAAAGGAACUAUUUUGUUCACAUUUGAAUGUGAAUGACCUGCAUUUACUGGAAAGGAAGAUUACAUUUCCUUAUCCAUCCUCCCACAUCACCAAAACAGAAGAGUCACUUGGGGUAUACACUAAUGAACUAUACUGUACAAAUGUCCAAUAUACAAUAUGCAAAAAUUCAAUCUAUCAAAGAAUUCUUUUUUGCAAAAGCUCUGCAUUAAUCAACAUUGCAAACCAAAGUGUAUACAUAUGAAGAAGUGCACCAAACUUUAUAUACGGUGAUGCAAACCUGGAAGAAAAAAAUCAGGUUCAACAAACUGAACUUGAUAGAUUUGUCCAUCCAUACUGUAUAUUCCACAUGCAGAAUUAAAACUCAUGAUAACAUCUAUAAACUCACAUAGAGUAUCAGCGUACUGUAUAACAACGCAUCUAGCCCUCUGUCUUUCAUAUAUAAUAUUAUGACCUUUCAAUUGGAUGUCCAUAUCAAUGCACCAAAAGGUACAGGAAAAUCUUUGGAAUGGGGAGUGCCCAUGUAUGUUUUAGUUGCCUGUAUUGGUGCUUAACUACGUUUAAUCUGAUUUCUGAUCUUGUGAGCUGAGUCGGGGUAAUGUCCUUCAUGGUGCCAAUGAAGCAAACUGGAAAAUGUUGAUUGUAAGACACAGAGCAUCUGGGGAUUUUGGAUUAAACUGCCAAUAUUUUACCUAGAAUUAUACAGUAGGUGAAGAGAAAAUCUUCUUUUGCUUGGCUUUUGCUUGCUGUAUACCACUUAUUUAGAAGUAUACUUAUGUCCUAUAAACAAUGUUCUAGGUAGAAGAAAUACCUCCUCUUUCAGUUAGUUGCUAUUUAUGAUAAUUAAAUAUGCAGUUCUUUAGGAGGCUACAUUUUCUAGUUUGUAUGAUUUCUUAACAUGUAACUAUUUCUUAUUACUUUAAUUGUAUUUCAUUCCAGGUCUCAUCUUUCCCCCAAGGUUUGCCUUUGUUUUGUUUCAGCUUAUACAAAAGAAAAUCCACUUUUAGUCUUGUCCCAGAUGUAUCAACUUUACUUUGAAAUACAUUAAAAUAUGUUUCAAUGUAGCCAUCUCUGUAUCUUUCCCUACAAAUUUACCAUAAGUGAGGCCGUCAUUGCUGUAUUUUAUGUAUUUUUUUCCUGCGUUGACAUACAACUAAUUUUUAUAGAUUCAGAAAUGCCAAAAACAUGGUGGAUGUUGCACUAAUGUGUCCACUUGGGUGUGAGAAUUUUCUUGUAACAGUGUGAAGUUGUUUAGAAUUAAUAAGCAUUGCUUGGAUUUUAUUUUGUGAGAAACAUUUUGAGAUACUCAUACAUCAUUCCAAAAUCUUCACAGAACUCCUUUUUUUAUUAUUAGGAUAACAGCUCUCCAUUUUUGCUUCAGAGUUUUAAUUUUAAUAACUGGUUAGAGUUAGUUAAUGGGGCAGGUGUUCCCCCCACACAAAUAUUUGGAAAAUUACUUGAUUCCAUCCUUGGAGACAAAUAAUGGAUGCUCAAAAACAGCUUUUCCCAUUAUUUAGUCACUCAAUGUAUUGGGACUUAAUAAUAAUGGUCAUGUAGUGGGAGGGGUGCUCUGAUUGCUACAAAAUGGCAGCCAUAGUGAGCAAAGCCUUACCAGUAGAUUGAGGUUGCCGUACCUUUUAUGCGUUCAUCCUUUGGGCCCUCUAUAAUAUCAAAUUACCCUUUAUCUUUUCUCUGGACAGAUGAACAUGUUCCCAAUAAAGAAUGAAGAUGAAACAGCA